AUGUCCAUUUGGCUGUGGGUUCUUCUUGAAGGUCAAGAUGUCCCCGUUGAAAUGGAUGCUUCAGACAUACCUAAUCUGUCACGUCUUAUCCCUCGCAUCAAGGAAGCGUUUCCAGAACUUUCCACCAGGGAAGAUACUAUUUUUGUCCAGCGACAACCCUGGUUCAGACAGAGAUGGCCGCAUUCCAGUGGACUUUGGCAUCUUGUGCGCGCUACUGUCCUUGAGCAUUUUUCUUCACUGAACUCUUCAGAAUCUUUCUUUGUGGUCAAGGAUCCAGUCGAAGAAAUAAUCAGCGAGUUUCAGUUCAACAGAGUCAUUCAGAAAGCUCCAACUGAUAAUAAUAAUGAGCGCCAGAUCAGCAUAUCCAUACAGGUUAAGGGUAAGAAGGCAUAUGGGGAAUGGGACCUGCGUGAUGUCCUCCAGAACAUCUUGCACAAACUCAUAGACGAGCUUCAAAAAAAUGCGGACGUAUUCGGCGAAGUGACGAGGAACGAAAUGACAUGCCGAGAGUUCAUUUCCCCUUUCUUAACCACAGCUGUAAAGCAUUUACAGGAAAACGAACCGCUUCUUGCGCUCAGAGCUGAAGAGGAGCUUAAUGGGAGUCGUGGCUUUGGUCCUAUAGACUACUCGGUCGUUUUAAACGACAUCGUAACAUGCGUAACGGAGGCAAAAAAAAUGGAUUUCGACAAAGGGGCAGCUCAAAACAUAGUACAAAUGCACAGUGUCGUAGAGAACCUAAGGAAGCGCAAGAUAGAAGACACAGAUUUGGAAGAUUCUGAGGAAGUCCCAGUUAUGGUGUAUGGAAUUGUGUCAGAUGCCCGAAACUGGAGAUUCCUGCAAUGGGCAGGCACAGAAAAUGAUCCAGUCCUAUAUGUAUCUAAAAUGCAAUCAUGCAACUUCAGUGAUACUGAAAUAAUGAAGGCGGAAGCAAAGAAAAUCACAACGUAUAUCAUCGCAAUCCUGCAAGAGCAGAUUCGUGGAUUAAACACAGAACGUCGUCGCGUUCCGAAGAAACCCAAAUUGUCAUUUUAA